UAUUCCUGUCGGGCUAUUGUGUGGAUGGAUGGAAAGCUGUACAGGGGGAGGAGGAGGAGGAGGCCGAAAACACAACGACAUCGCACCCCGGGAGCUACCGAGAGGACGGUAGCAUGAUAGUCGUGGAGGGGAAUCGGCAGGAAGAGGGCCUGUAUCUGCAUUUCACUUCGCCUACACCGGAUUCAUUGAGUCGGUAACCAGCGUCCCGUCAUGGGGAAGGAGGUAAAUGGUGUUUCGCGGAGCCGGUUUGAGAUGUUCACAAACAGCGAUGAGGCGGUCAUCAAUAAGAAGCUGCCUAAGGAGCUGUUGCUACGAAUCUUCUCCUUUCUGGAUGUGGUGACACUCUGUCGCUGUGCCCAGGUCUCACGGUCCUGGAACGUUCUGGCUUUGGAUGGCAGUAACUGGCAACGGAUUGACCUCUUUGACUUUCAGAGGGACAUUGAGGGCCGGGUGGUGGAGAACAUCUCAAAGCGAUGUGGGGGGUUCCUCAGGAAGCUGAGCCUGCGGGGUUGUCUGGGUGUGGGUGACAGUGCCCUGAGGACUUUUUCGCAGAACUGCAGAAACAUCGAGCUGCUUAGUCUGAACGGCUGCACCAAGAUCACUGACAGCACGUGUAAUAGCCUCAGUAAGUUCUGUCCAAAGUUGAAGCACCUGGACCUCGCCUCCUGUACCUCAAUCACCAACCUGUCACUCAAAGCUCUCAGCGAGGGAUGCCCCCUCCUGGAGCAGCUCAACAUCUCCUGGUGUGAUCAGGUCACAAAGGAUGGUAUCCAGGCCCUGGUGCGGUGCUGUCCUGGACUCAAAGGCCUUUUCCUCAAAGGAUGCACACAGCUAGAGGACGAGGCUCUGAAGCAUAUCGGGGCUCACUGUCCAGAGCUCGUCACACUCAACUUGCAGACAUGCUCACAGAUCACAGACGAGGGCCUCAUCACAAUUUGCCGGGGUUGUCACCGCCUGCAGUCUCUGUGUGUAUCGGGCUGUGCCAAUAUCACGGAUGCCAUCCUGCACGCCCUGGGACAGAACUGCCCUCGCCUCAGAAUAUUAGAAGUGGCUCGCUGCUCUCAGCUCACAGAUGUGGGUUUCACUACAUUAGCACGGAAUUGUCAUGAACUUGAGAAGAUGGAUUUAGAAGAAUGUGUGCAGAUCACAGAUGGAACACUCAUCCAGCUGUCUAUCCACUGCCCUCGUUUGCAAGUCCUGAGUCUGUCUCACUGUGAGCUAAUCACCGAUGACGGCAUCAGACACCUCGGCAGCGGCCCUUGUGCUCACGACCGUCUGGAGGUGAUCGAACUGGACAACUGCCCCCUGAUCACAGACGCCUCACUGGAGCACCUGAAGAGCUGCCAUAGUCUGGAUCGCAUAGAGCUCUACGACUGCCAGCAGAUCACCCGCGCAGGCAUCAAAAGACUAAGGACCCAUCUGCCUAACAUCAAAGUGCACGCGUACUUCGCUCCUGUCACUCCGCCCCCCUCUGUCGGGGGCAGCCGUCAGAGGUUUUGCCGCUGCUGCGUCCUGCUAUGAUGUAAAGACAACAACCCCCCACCUCUCCUCUCCCCGUGUUCCUCGUACUCGCUCUCCGCAGCCUGUCACCUGACCCCUGACCUGCUGUCUCCCUCACGGCGCCCUGUCAUAGAGUACGUGCUGGUGUGUGUCCCCGUCCCUUUGGAGCUUCAUAAGAGAGGGAGAGAGCCAAAACACGGUCUUGGGUAACUUUCCCAAAAACAUUCCCGAAUCUCUCCACCUCACACAUACAGUGCAUACACAACAGGCUUUCUGGUGACACAUACACACACAGAUUAACUCUUCAAAGAAUGUCAGAACAUUCCCUGUCAGUGGACUAACCAGUAUCACAAAGAGGGUUUUGUAAAAAUUAAACCUGCAUUAACGCUUCAUCAAAUGAAGUACAGAAAAAAGGUUUAAAGAGCGGAGUAAUACUUAUUUAGCACUUUUAGACAGAUUGCGGUCAUAGCCUUUUAAACAGAACAUGGAAAAAGGUUGAAAAAUCCCUCUUAACUUCUCACACAUACUCCCCUCGUUGUUGAAGGUCACUUCACAGCUACCUCUAGACGGGAACUGCACUCGAGUAAGACCUGUGUUAGCUUUGCUCUGCAGGCUGUUUAUUUCACAAAGGGGCAGCGAUGCAGAUGGUAAACUCCUGACAUCCCAACACACACAUAAAAAAAGCAACAGAAAGCCUAUUUUGUGUAAUUGGGGAAAAAAAACAACUUGCAGCUAUUUGCACUUCCAUUAAAGCAAUGAUGAGACACUUUUCAAAGACGACCAUUUCAGAAUUUAAGACUGGCGUUUUACUAACGACACACACACAAAUCAUGCACACACUGAGCUUGCUCCACCUGUCCCCUCGCCUCUCUUUGUCUCUCUGUUACAAUCAGAAGCUUCAAUAUACUGAAGAGAGAAAAAAAAGACAAAUAUUUUUCUAAAAAAUGGACACCAAUAAAGACUCACAAGUGGGAACUCGAGAAGAUGCCAAAUGUUGCAUGUAACACCUCUAGUUUUUUAAAAUCUAAUUGUAAAUAUAAGAGGACGGCGGAGUUCGAGAGUCGACGCCAGCUUAGACGACAGAUGAUGAUAUGAGACGGGGGCAGAGGUUUCUGUCGACGCCAUCCUCCUGAGGUGGCAAAGCUCACACAUGCUUAAGUGUGUUAGAAUAAUGUGCCGGAGCUUUGGACAGUCCAAAUGGAGCCAGCAUUUAAUCUGGAGACGGAAGAACUGAUGCUGGCCUGUGAAAGCUCGACUGAGAUCUUAUAAAGACAAAAAACAAACAAAAAAAGUCUGACAUCACUACAUGAAUUCAUGCGGUCAGACUGAGACAAUGGAAAGAAAAAGCCAACUGAAAACAAUCAAAGUACGUCUAUUUUUCAGUUAGAUUUCAUUUAGUUGCUCUUGUUUUCGCGUCGGUGACGGUUGUGAUGAAGAGGAACUGGUGACACCAGACAUCAGAGUGGCAUCGGCGACUUCUCAACUCCCAUGAGGCCUUGCAGGGGACAGAGCCUGCCACCUGUGAUCUUCUCCGUCUGUAGGAGGUAUAGACUGGAUCAGACUUAUGGAGUCACUGCAAGAGGAAGUCAACUGAAUCUUGAGCGCACAAUUCUGGCCUGCUGACAGAUAUGAUGGAAUGAUUUUUGUCACAACAGAGGGCUAUGAUGGACUUCAC